CGGGACCGAAGAGAUAUGGGGAACUGCGCAAAGGAUGUGGUGUAGAGGUUGAUAAGUAGGUGCUCUUGCUCGAGACUAUUGCGCAGGUCAAAGGUAUGACCUAGAUAAGUGUCAGAAUUCGAAUAUCCCAAAUCGACUUGCUGGAGUUGUUGGCCUGAGACAAGCUUUUUAUCCUCCCAAUGGGGUCAAAGUCAGGUUUUGACUUGAUUCAGGCUGCUGAGUCUCUGCUUCAAGACGCCAAGAAGCUCGUAGCUGCAACCCAAUCCGGUCCUACCAGUAAUGACGAAGAGAUUAUCUUAAGGCAGGGCAUCGCGCAGGCCGCGAAGAAGAUCGCAUUCGAGACGGCACCGCCAAUCGACGUUGUGAAGUCUGACUGGAUUGUCCUCGCCGACGUCGCAGCAUGGAACAUCUUCAUCGCCUGGAAGGCCUUCGACCACAUCCCUCUCCCGCCAGGCCACAUCUCCAUCCGCGACCUGGCCCGCGCCAUAGACGCGCAAGAAUCCCUGGUUGCGCGAAUCGCCAACCUCUUACUCUCCGUAGGCAAGCUCAACCCGGGCCCGGAACCGGGCACCGUGGCCCACUCGCGCGUCUCGCCGCUAUACCGCUCCGCCAGCCCCGCCAGUGCUCUCGCCACGGUCGCCGUCGGCAACGGCAUGAAGCCCUACGCCCACUGGCCCGAGUACUUCCGCACCUACGGCCGCCGCGAGCCGCCCGGCCAGACCCACACCCCGUUCAGCUUCGCCUGGAACCAUCCCGAGCUGGCCCCCUGGGAGGUCAAAGCGCUUGAUCCAGAGUACGCGGCUACCUUUGCUAGGUCCAUGGAGAGUCGGCAGAUUGUUGGGGGCAAUAUGCCCGUUGCCGGGCCCGAAGCGUUGUAUGACCUGACUUGGGUCGGGGAGGAGGCAAGGAUGAGGGGGGAGGGCGAGGCGGUCGUGGUUGAUGUCGGAGGCGGCUUGGGGCAGUUGCUGCGGGAUCUUAUCGCGUCGGUGCCGGGGUUGAAGCCGGGGCAGUGUGUCCUGCAGGACCGGAAGGAGGUGAUUGAGGAAGCCAGGGAGGCGGCGGGUGAGGGUUUGAUGGGCGUGGUGAUGAUGGAGCAUGAUUUUCAUGGGGAGCAGCCCGUUAAAGGCGCGGUGGUCUAUCUCCUCCGCCGCAUCCUCCUCGACUACCCCGACGAACUUGCGAUUGGGAUUCUUCGACAACUUGCCGAGGCCCUUCCGGUCGACAACCCCAAGGCACGCAUCAUCAUCAUGGAGGAGAGGUUGCUGGAGACGCCGACGCCCAUGAAUUGUAUCGUGGACUUGGUCAUGCUGAAUAUUGGGGGGAAGCUUCGCAACGAGGCAAUGUUUGGCGAGCUUGCUGCCGCAGCAGGCUUGAGGAUGGCCAAAUACCAUGCAAGACAGGGCGAUCCGACCUGCGUUGUAGAAUGCGCGAGAGCUUAA